GGCACCAUGACUCCCACGAGGACCCAGCACUCGUUGGCGGGGCAGACCUAUGCAGUGCCCCUCAUCCAGCCAGACCUACGGCGAGAGGAGGCCAUCCAGCAGGUGGCAGACGCCCUGCAGUACCUACAGAAGGUCUCUGGAGACAUCUUUAGCAGGAUCUCUCAGCGAGUAGAGCUCAGCCGGAAGCAGCUACAGGCCAUUGGAGAGAGGGUCUCCUUGGCCCAGGCCAAGAUUGAGAAGAUCAAGGGCAGCAAGAAGGCAAUCAAGGUGUUCUCCAGUGCCAAGUACCCGGCGCCAGAGCGCCUACAGGAGUAUGGCUCCAUCUUCACGGGUGCCCAGGACCCUGGCCUGCAGAGACGCCCCCGCCACAGGAUCCAGAGCAAGCACCGCCCCCUGGACGAGUGGGCCCUACAGGAGAAGCUGAAAUACUUCCCCGUGUGUGUGAACACGAAGCCAGAGCCUGAGGAUGAGGCCGAGGAGGGGCUCGGGGGCCUUCCCAGCAACAUCAGCUCCGUCAGCUCCUUGCUGUUGUUCAACACCACUGAGAACCUUAGGUACAAAAAGUAUGUCUUCCUGGACCCCCUGGCUGGUGCUGUAACAAAGACCCACGUGACGCUGGGGGCGGAGACGGAGGAGAAGCUGUUCGAUGCCCCUUUGUCCAUCAGCAAGAGGGGGCAGCUGGAGCAACAGGUUCCAGAGAACUACUUCUAUGUGCCUGACCUGGGCCAAGUUCCUGAGAUUGACGUGCCAUCCUACCUGCCCGACCUGCCAGGCAUCGCUGAUGACCUCAUGUACAGUGCUGACCUGGGCCCCGGCAUUGCCCCCUCCGCCCCUGGCACCAUUCCAGAGCUGCCCGCCUUCCACACAGAGGUGGCCGAGACUUUCCGGCCGGACCCAGAAGAUGGGGUGCUAACGGCACCCCCUCCGCCGCCGCCGCCGCCUCCGCCUCCCCCAGCUCCAGCUGUGCUGGUCAGCGCUCCCCCACCCCCACCCCAGCCCGUGGCCUCCCUGGGCCAAGGUGCCAGGGAGGACGACAGCAGUGGUGGCGUGUCUCCUUUAGCUACAGUCCAGGGAGCUCCCAAGGAAGUGGUGGACCCCUCCAGUGGCCGGGCCACUCUGCUGGAGUCCAUCCGCCAGGCUGGGGGCAUCGGCAAGGCCAAGCUCCGCAGCGUCAAAGAGCGCAAACUGGAGAAGAAGAAACAGAAGGAGCAGGAACAAGUGAGAGCCACAAGCCAAGGUGGGGACCUGAUGUCAGAUCUCUUUAACAAGCUAGUCAUGAGGCGUAAAGGUAUCUCUGGGAAAGGACCUGCGACAGGGGCCAGUGAGGGGCCGGGAGGAGCCUUCGCCCGAAUGUCAGACUCCAUCCCACCCCUGCCCCCGCCACAGCAGCCACCUGGAGAGGAGGAGGAAGACGACUGGGAAUCCUAGGGGCUCAGCCCCUCCUUCCCCGCCGGGACGUGCAUACGGCCAGGACAAGCUGCCCGUGGAGCAGCGGGGAUCGUGGAGGACUGUCCCAGGCCUGUGCCUGCACCUUCUUCAAGGAGCGAGGUGGCCAGCUUCUGAGGCCAAGUGGCUGGGAGGGGGGGAGCCCUUGUGCUCUCCUCCAGCCACAGACUAAAAUAAAUACAUGA